AUGUUAUCGGAGCUAUCGGCGAAGCUGAGAGCUGAGUCUGAGAGGGUCGAGGAGUUAUUGGACAGAAUGGAGGAGAGUGAACGGAUGGGAGAUGAGGAGACACUCGAGGAGGUGUUAAUAGAAUUGGGGGAGUGUGAAGAGGGAGAGCAAUGCAUCUCCAUCUUCUUUGUGGAGUUUCAGAUGCACUUUGGAGCGGACUAUUCAGGGACAGCCUGGAUCCACAGUCUGGUGGACUGCACCACUAUGCUGUGCGCUCCUCUAGGCAGCUUUAUUGGGAACCGUCUGUCGUGCCGCAUCGCUGUGAUCCUUGGUGGCUUUCUGUCCUCUAUCGGCCUGGUCCUCAGCUCUUUCGCUACCAGCCUGGAGUACCUGUACCUCACCCUGGGGGUCCUCACAGGUAUUGGAUUUGCCCUCUGCUACACCCCUGCCAUAGCCAUGGUGGGCUCAUAUUUCUGUGAGAGGAAAGCCCUGGCAUAUGGGAUCGCCAUGUCAGGCAGUGGCAUCGGGACCUUCAUCCUGGCCCCUGCCGUCCAGAUACUCAUAGAGCACUACUCAUGGCGUGGGGCCCUGCUCAUCCUAGGGGGUGUUGUGGCCAACCUGUGUGUUUGUGGGGCAUUACUGCGCCCUAUCACUCUGAAAGAAGAAGAGGAGGCUCAUGGUCCAGACCCGUUGGAUACCGAGUGUGGAUAUGGGGUGAAAGCUCCGGUGGUUAGCAUGUUAGAGGAAUCACUGGCGAUCAACAACAACAACAACAGCCACGCCUGCUUCUGCUUCCAGUCCAUGCAGGAGUACUGCUUCCUGCUCAUGCCUGACUUCCUGAUGCUGGCAGUGAGCUUCUUGUUCCUAGCCAGUGGCUGCAGCCUGCCCUUCGUCUACCUGGUUCCGUAUGCACUGGACAUGGGUGUGAGCCACCACCAGGCUACCUUCCUCAUGUCCAUCCUGGGGGUCAUUGACAUCGUGGGGAACAUCACCUUCGGCUGGCUCGUAGACAGGAGGUGCCUGAAGAAGUAUCGUAAUGUGUGCUACAUGAUAGCAGUGGGCAUGGAGGGGGUGUGCUGCCUCUUCAUCCCUCUCCUGCGGACGUUCGCCCUGCUGGUGCCUUUCUCUGUGUUUUAUGGGUACUUUGAUGGCGCCUACGUUGCCCUCAUACCUGUGGUGACCUCGGACAUUGUGGGGACACAUAACCUCUCCUCCGCCCUAGGGAUAGUCUACUUCCUACAUGCCAUCCCUUACCUGCUCAGCCCUCCAAUAGGAGGCUGGCUGGUUGACACCACAGGCACCUACACGGCCACCUUCUUCCUCAGUGGCUUUGCCCUCAUCUCCAGCUCCCUGGUCAUCAGCACGGUGACGGGGAUACGCCACUGUCGCAGGACCCAAAAGUACAGAAACAAAAAUAAAAACACAGACCCCAAACAGGAGCCUUGCCGAUCAGACUUCUACACAGCCUCAAGUAAAGAUGUGAACCCUUUAGUCAACACAGCAAAUUCUUAACAUUGGACGCUUUUGUGUAAUUAUGCAUUUGUUUUGUUAGAAUACCAAAGUACAUUGAAGAUUAUGAGAAACCGUCAUCAAUUGGUACACAUAAUCUAGCGUGAUAGUUCAGAAUUGGGAAUGACUUCCCUCAGAUGCUAAAUGGACACUAAAUGGAAGAUAAAUACAGUAAUUCUGCCGUAACCAGAUACAUUUUAGCCAAAAUAUGGACUUUAAAUAAUCUCUCUAUCAUGCCUGUGAUGUCAUUGCACAUUUCUUUUUCAGGGUUGACAUGACUGCCAAACUAAGGAAGUUGAUCAAUUUUAAUAUCACUGAAGAUUCUGACAGGGUUAUAGCGCCUUUCUGUAAUAGAUUAUUUCUGAAGUGGACAGUCUUCAUGUUGUUUCGUAAUACCUUAUUUUGACAAGAGAGGGCAGUCAUGAUCCAAGGCCAGUGUGGGAUGACUCCUUUGUAAAAGUCUAUUCACAGCUGAAGGCCGUUUUUUUUUCUUGAGCAGAUGGUCAGGGAAGACCAAAGA